UAGGGUGGAUUUAAUGACAUUUAUUUAGGUUUUAGUAGGUUAUGUAUUUGUAUUGACAAGUAUAUUUUUUUCUGUUAUAUUUUAAUUUUUUACUAUAAUGGGCUCUAAAAAAAUCAAUAUGAGGGAGCUUGAGACAGCUGCUAAAGCUUCUGCAACCACCAAAGUUAUUAAUACUCUUAACAGACCAGGACAGCUAGAGAAAAUUGAUCAAAUAAAGCAAAGAUAUGUUCGAAAAAAGGCAUCAGUGGAAGCAUUAUUGAAAUCAGCAAUGCAGCAACAAUUAGAUGGAGUUCGAGUAGGACUUACUCAACUACAUAGAUGUCUUGAAGAUGUUGCUGAUAUUAACAUUAGUGUGAAGAAAAUGUAUGACCUAUUUGCGGAUGUUCCUGAAUUGUGCAAAAGACUUAAUGAUGUUAGAGAUGAAAAUAUGAGACACUCACAAUAUGUUACUGCCAAAGAAAAUCUCAAACAUAUUUUUACAGUACCAGAAAGUGUGGAAAAGACUAAAGCGUUGAUAAAUGAGGGAAAACUAUUGCAUACACAUCAGUGCUUGAGAGAUUUGGAAAAUUCAAGAGAUGAUUUAUUAUUUGAGCUACAUAAGCUGCCUAACCAAUCUGUACAUGAUAAGUCAAUGUUGAAAGCAUAUUUUGCUGAUGUAGAAGUCCUUUCCAAUCUUUUAGAGAAGCAAUUAACAUUUAUACUUUCCAGAACAUUAAAUACUGUUAGAAAAGACCCUACAGUGAUAGUAACAGCUUUAAGAAUAAUAGAACGUGAAGAAAAAGCUGAUGAAGAAGCCUUAAAGCAACAGAAACAAACUGGUUUUAUUCCUCCAAGUCGUCCAAAGAAGUGGAAAGAUAUGGCUUUUAAAAUUUUUGAAAAAUCUGUGUCUUCCAAAAUAGAAGGAACACAGGUUGAAGAAAGGGAAGACAAUAAACAUUGGCUUAUAAGAUACCUAGAAUUAAUCAGAAUGACCAUUGUGGAGGAUUUGAGGAUUGUAAAAACUCUUUGCCUUCCAUGUUUUCCACCAAGCUACAAGAUAUUGAAUAGAUAUAUACAUAUGUAUCAUGGGUGUCUUUCUUUGCAUUUACAAGAAAUAAUCCAAAAUGGUUUAAAAGGUAAUGAGUAUGUAACAAUGUUAUCUUGGGUGUUGAAAACCUACCAAGCAAAUGAUAUGUUGGGUCACCCUGAUUUGGCGUUGUAUACUGAAAAACUAUCCCCUUUACUCCCUCAAGCAGUUCUAGAUAGAUUAGAAGGAGAUUAUAUGAAGAAUAUAGAAUCUAAUUAUACAGAAUGGAUGCAAAAUACACUCAAAUCUGAGAAAGAAGAAUGGAGAUCUAACACAGAGCCCCAUUUGGAGUCAUACUCUAGGACAGCUGCUCCAAUUAUAAUUUUCCAGAUGAUAGAUCAAAAUUUGCAAGUGGCGAAAACUAUAAGUGAAGACUUGACUAUAAAAAGCUUGAAUUUAAGUAUCCAACAAGUCAUAGUGUUCGCAGAUGCAUUUAGGGAUGCUAUUAUUGAAUUUAAAAAUAAAUAUUUUGAAGACAGGAAACAGGUCGUAUAUUUUACCCAAUAUAUGAUAGUUAUUGUAAACAAUUGCCUCCAACUUGUGGAACUGGGUUCACAGUUAGAGAAACAGUAUGUAAAAAACAAUACAUCACAUGAUUUAGCUAGGAAUUUUGGUCUGCUGAAGACUACAUAUAUAAAAUUAAGAAAUGAAGCUGUCCAAUAUUUACUUGAAGAACCACUGGUAGAUCUGGAUCAACAUUUUGACAAGCUUUUCACAAGCCAUUGGUUUCCUAGUAAUCCAGCUGAUACAAUAUAUGUAACUAUUGAAGAUUAUUUCCAAGAUUAUAAUCGUUUAGUAGAAGCCAAUUAUAAAUAUGUAGUAGAACAGGUGGUCACAAUGGUAGGAAGAAGAUAUUUAACAGCAAUGUUAUCCAGAAGAAUUUCUUUUAAAACUUAUGAUGAAUGUAUUAAAGCUGCACAAAAGGUAUCGGAGGAAGCUAACAGAUUUAACCAAUUGUUCUUAACUUUAAGUAAUGACUUGGAAUGUGAGAACCCACUUGAUGCUGUCAUAAUGCUUUCGGAGGUUCUUAAAAGUGAUGAUGACAUGCUUUCAUUUGAGCUGCAUAGAGUAGUUGAAAAGUACCCAGACAUUACUGAUGACCAUUUGCUACGACUUCUUAACCUGAGGGGUGAUUUGUCUAGAUCAGAUGUGAGGGAUAAAGUAGCACAUAUUGACAAACCAAAAAUGCUACAUAAGAGCAGUAUUUUUAAAACCCUGGUGUUCCCUAAGCUUGUAAAUAUUAAUUUAAAUUUCUGAAACUA